GACUUUGGGAUCUAGAACUUUGAGGUUGCGAAUCGGUUUGAUGAUUGCAUAUUCGAUUCGAUAUGUAUGUGUGUACUGGGGUCAUAUGCAAUGCAAUGCACGAACGACUAGGUCCUAUCUACGGUAAUCUACCUACUAAGAUAUCUAGGUAGAUUCGGAGUCGAGGUUGUUAUCGGACGAAUCGUCUUGUUAUGUUAUGUCAUGUGAGAGUAAUAGCUGUAUUACUUGGUCUUUUCUUUCUUCUUUUCUCCUUCUUCACUUUUCCUUAUGAUACUAUCACGAUUGCUUGUGUACUUGCAAGUGAAAUUGGAAUUGAGUGAGCCUCUUUCAUCACAGAGUAUCACACUCAACUACCUAGGUAGUGAGUGAGUAAAGAAAUCGAUCUCCCAAACGCAACUCAAACCACUCCCCCGGAUCGAUAGAGUAACACACCGCAAAAGAUUUCCGUCUGGAAAAUCAUCAAGAUGUCGUUCAAUAUGAGACAAACUGUACUUUUCCUGUUUGUCUUCGCAACGACAAUUCUCGCAGGUCGUUUUUCGGAUUUCUCGCAUGCGAAAGGGUUUCAUCCGGAUUUGAAAGAUAGGGUGGAGGGGAAUAGGAAGAGGAAUUCUCCGGCGUUUGGAGAUAGGCAUGGAUAUGGGAAUGGGACGGAGGGGUUUAGGUUUUUGAAUGAACAUACGGAGAAAUAUAGAGUUAAAUCUCUUCCCGAUAUUCCGUUUGAUAUUGGAGAGAUGUAUGCCGGUUUAAUGCCAAUUGAUGCGAAAAAUAAAUCAAGAGGGCUUUAUUUUGUUUUUGAACCGACGGUUGGAGAACCGGUUGACGAGGUUACUAUUUGGUUGAAUGGAGGUCCUGGCUGCAGUUCUUUAGAAGCCUUCUUUCAAGAAAAUGGACGGUUCAUAUGGAGUUGGGGAAUGUACACUCCGCAGAUUAAUCCAUAUUCUUGGGUUAAUCUUACGAAUGUUCUUUGGGUUGAACAACCAGUUGGAACGGGAUUCUCGAUUGGUGAAGUGACUGCUACAACUGAAGAAGAUAUUGCAGAGGAUUUUGUCAAGUUUUUCUUGAAUUUUCAAAAGACGUUUGGGAUCAAGAAUUUCAAAAUUUACGUUACGGGAGAAAGUUAUGCAGGAAGAUAUGUUCCGUAUAUAUCGUUGGCUAUGUUGGAGAGAAAUAAUACGGAGUAUUUUGAUGUGUCUGGAGCUUUAGCUUAUGAUCCCGUCAUUGGCUCUUAUGUAUAUGCCCAACAAGAAGCACCAGCCGUUCCAUUCCUUCUUCAGAACAACAACAUAUUCGGCCUCAACGCAAGUUUUGUAGCUCAUCUAGAAGCGCUUCAUGAAUCAUGCGGUUAUUCGGAUUUCAUAUCGCAAUAUUUAACCUUUCCACCAUCUGGUGUUCAACCCCCUAAAUACUUCGACCACAAUAACGAGACUGAUCUAGCAUGUGAUCUCUGGGGUUCAAUCUACAAUGCAGCAUAUGGACCAAACCCCUGUUUCAACGUCUAUGAAAUCGUCACCCAAUGUCCUCUUCUAUCCGAUCCACUAGGUUAUCCAACAGACUUACAAUAUCUAUACCCAGGAUUCGAUCAAGUCUAUUUCAACCGGACAGAUGUGAAAAAAGCCAUGCAUGCACCCAUGAAAAUCGACUGGAGCGAAUGUUCCGGCCCCGUAUUCAUCGGAGGAGACGACGGCAAAGGGGGACCCGAACAAGAAGGUGAUCUCAGUGCCGAUCCCAUCCAAUCCGUUCUUCCCCGCGUCAUCGAAGCCACCAACCGCGUCCUCAUCGCCAACGGAAAUCUCGAUUACGAAAUCCUCACCAACGGUACCCUUCUCGCCAUUCAAAAUAUGACGUGGGGAGGAAAAUUGGGGUUCCAAGAGAAGCCGGCCACACCGAUUGUGAUUACGUUGCCGGAUUUGCAGUAUGGGAGUUUGUUUGUUGAGGAGGACUUUGGAUCGGUAGAUGAACCGCAGGGAACGAUGGGAGUGCAGCAUUUUGAACGCGGGUUGAUGUGGGCGGAAACGUUUCUGAGUGGUCAUAUGCAGCCGCAGUUUCAGCCCAGGAUUAGUUACAGACAUCUGCAGUGGGUUUUGGGGAGGAUUGAUGAAUUGUGAUAUGGAGAUGUGUUGAAUGGGUGGGCAAGAAUCGGAAGAGGUGUGAAGAUUGGGGAAUUGAUGAAGUUGUAUUAUAUGAGUGGGAUAUGAGUGUAAGGUGUAAUGUUUUUUCAUGCUAUUGAAAAAUGCUAUUGAUUCAAUAAUGUUACACUCCUUUAUUGAA